AUUAAUUUAACAGAUAUUUAAACCUAAAUGGAAUCGAUAUCAAGUAAUUAUUAGCGAUUCGAGCGAAUUCAACAUACGAUAUAAAUUAGUUUACACAAGAAAACAAGUCUAAAGAUCAUUACCAGGGAAAUACAGAAGAUCCCCGACAGUGUUACGAUUUUUAAGAAAUGGUGAUGCACACAGAAAGCCAAAUGAGUGCGUACAGUUAUGGCUAUGACUCUGGAGCAGCAGCAGCCGCUGCUUCAGGAUACUUUGGAAAUCCUCGUGGGGCAGCAAGUUUCGGAAAUCCAGUUGCUGGUGGUUACAGCGGCCCAGCCUCCUCCUACAUGUCUCAUUAUGCAUCUCCUCAAAGUGUACCAGGUCAAGGACCGCCAAUUGCUGCUUCAGCUGGAAGUCCGGUUGGACACAGCGGCUCACAUUCACAAAGUCUGCAUGGUGGGUAUUCAUCAGGUCCUCCGGCACACUCUCUGGGCUCCCCAUCAGGAGGAUUUCACAGCUUAGCAUACGGAAGUGCAGGGCAUGCGUAUGGAAGCAUCAUGAACCAGUAUCCAAACUGUGGACUUGGAGAUGCCGUUGUUCUACACCAAGAUGGAAAUCAUCUUGGCGCAGAUGUAUCAAUGAAAGGAAAAAAGAAGAAAAUGAGAAAGCCACGAACAAUAUACUCGAGUUUACAACUCCAAGCUCUCAAUAGGAGAUUUCAACAGACACAGUAUUUGGCUUUGCCAGAAAGAGCUGAACUUGCCGCUUCACUUGGCCUUACACAGACUCAGGUAAAAAUUUGGUUUCAAAACCGUCGAUCUAAAUUUAAAAAACUGAUGAAACAGGGACUGCAGGACAAAGACAAUCCUAUGAUGUCGUCUAAUAGCAAUGGGAACAAUAAUUCAAACUCACCAGCAUCGAUGACUUCCCCUAUGAUGGAUUCUUCUGCGAAUGGAGUUGAAGCUAAUGGGAGCAAUGGACAAGCAUGGAGUCCAAAUUCAGUAGAUCAUUCGCCACAAUCCCAGUCAGUUUCCGCAAUGUCUCCACCGGCACAUGGCAUGACAUCUCCUCACGGUGUAAAUUCGUCACAAUAUGACAUUAUUGCGCCUGCACAACAUGCUCUUCCACCAUUAACAAAUGCCCAAGACACACCUCAUCAUCCAGGAAUGAAAACUGAAUUGUCUUCUCCAAUUCCUAGCAACGGCAGUUCCACGGGCACAGGCCUUCCCUUAGCAUCAAGCGGAAGCGUCUUGCCAUCCUUCUCAAUGGCACCAAAUAACAUGACACCUGAAGCGACCUCUUCAGAAACGCUUCCGAAUCCGUUUUCGAUACAUCACCAGCACUCGAUGCAUUCUGCCCUUCCACCUCUACCUCAACACCAACAUCAACCAAUGAUGCAAUCAGCAUUUUGGUACGCUGGUUCUGACGACGGACAGGUUCCGACAAGUCAUGCAAUACAACAUGCGGCACAUGGAAUGAGGACGGCGUUUAUGAAGUGAUUGAAUGUGCGUCUGUUUCAUACUUGCACCAUUCCAAGGCGGGUUCAGAAACUACAGUACAUCUAGAUCGUGUCUAAAUACAAGAUACGUUGGUCUGAUUCCAAGCCGUUCAGAGUGGAUAUGAAAGACUGGUCAGAAUAAACAUAAUUGCACAUUCGAAAAUUAAAGACAAGCAGUGUGACAUAAACAUAUUAUUGUCACUGUGACACGCGCUGCUUUGCAAUUGCGCUUCAUCCUUUACCAAUCGCUUGCAUGAUAAAAUGCCUAUGAGUGUGCGCGUUUCCGCAUCUACGGCGUAUAUCAAAAUUGAUCCAAUAUCAUAUUUGAAAUGUUCUUAUGUUUAUCCAUUUUUUUAACCUUCAUUUUUCAAAUGCUCAUUGUAUAUAAUCAAAGCGUGGGAGUUAUGUUCGUUUAUAUCUCACGCGAUCCAUGCCGAAUUCCCUUUUUUUCAAAUAUUAUUAUUUCCUUUCAAUUUCAUCAAGGCAAUCAUUUGCACAAUUAACUGUGUUUUACAGUGACAGUAACCAAUAUAAUUAUUUUCGUGCACUACCUUGUAGAUGACUAACUGAACGAUUUUACUUUAAAAAUGAAUGCAUUUACUAUACUCAUAAAAUGCCUUAUUUUUUGAUGAUCCACCGGUCUGGGACCGUAUUACUUUAAUGAUAUUCAUUUUUUGCUUUUUAUUUUAUUUAUUGUAUCUAGAACUCAUUCUCCCUUUUACAAACCAACGGAGUUUAAAGAUUCAAAGGACAUUCCAUUCAGGCAAAACGAGAGAUGUUCAUUUACCUUCUGACUGAUUUAAUAAUUUACUGGGAUUUUUUGAAAACGGGCUGAUACAAGAAAAAAAUAAUAAAACUGACUUUAAGGCUGUGACCAUAAAAUAUUAUCACUUUCAUUCAUUUGCUACGAAUACAUCUAUACGGAAAAA